AUUGAAGUUUAACCGUAAAAAAAUUAAGUCGCAUUUUUCAAAAGGUAAAUCUUCGGUCGUCAUCGCACCAAAGUAUAUUAUUAUUCAAUGUCCUUGCUCACACGUGAUAAUGCGGGAUUUAAAUUGUAAACAAAAACACAUUGAGGUGUGAGAAGAUGUCUCGGCCGCUGUCCGUCGAUCGUUAUUUGACUUUAUUCGCCUUUUACGUACUGAAAUUUACUAAACAAUAUCUUUUAUCAAUGACCAUUGAAGUGGAAACAUGAAACUAAAUGUCCUUGAGUUGUACAGUGGCCUGGGUGGGAUGCACAUGGCUAUGAAAGACUGCGGCGUUCCUCUGGAGGUGGUGGCGGCAGUCGACAUCAACACGACGGCCAACAGCGUGUACCGGCACAACUUUCCGAGCACGCGCCACCUGCAGCGGAACAUUCAGUCGUUCAGCGCCGCCGAGCUGGACAAACUGCGGCCCGAUGUCAUCACCAUGAGCCCGCCAUGUCAGCCCUUCUCCAGACUCGGUCUGCAGGGCGACACCAGUGACGCGCGGACCGUCUCCUUCCUGCACGUGCUGGACGUUCUACCUCGUCUGCGCCGACCUCCGCGCUACAUCCUUCUGGAGAACGUGCGCGGCUUCGAGCGGUCUGCUGCACGAGAUGCUCUCAUCACCACACUGCGCCAGCUCGGCCUGCACUGGCGCGAGCUGCUGCUGACACCCUCCCAGCUCGGAGUGCCCAACUCACGGUCUCGCUACUAUCUGCUGGCGCGCCGACGACCGUUCACAUUUGAACAGCCGCCCGAGGGCCAGGUUCUAGAAGAGUUGCCGUUUUGUACUUGCGGUCACACCAAUAACUCAGAUUCUGCCUGCAACAGCUGCAACAAACCAGUUCUGGACAGACUUUCUGAAUAUAUGUCCGGGAAGUGGGACUCUCACGACGACAGCGCAGGUGGUCUACUACCGCCCACUCUGGGCCAGUUUCUGGCAGACGUGGCUCCCUCGGAUACCAGUCGGCUACUGCUACCCGACAAAGUGCUCUGUCGCUACGGUGAACUGCUCGACAUUGUCCGACCGAGCAGCCGCCGCUCUUGCUGCCUCACCAGUGGUUAUGGACAUCUAGUGGAAGGGGCAGGGUCGGUACUGUUACCCGACAACAACAGCGAGGGAGGUGGCGGUGACGGUGGCGAGAGUGGCGCACUAGACGCCGCGUUUGCCGUCGCGCGUCUGCUGCCCCCUGGCGACCCGGCGCGGGCCGACCGGCUGCGGCCGCUGCAGCUGCGCUGGUUCUCGCCCCAAGAGGCGGCCCGGCUGAUGUGCUAUCCGGAGUGGUUUUCGUUCCCGGCCGAGCUGACGGACCGACAGCGGUACAAGCUGGUGGGGAACAGUGUUAAUGUGAGGACGGUGGCCGCCCUGAUGCUGGUGCUGAUGGAUGGAGAGAGUGGGCAGAGCGAGGGAGAGAGUGAAGAAUCGGCACAGGCGGGAGGCGCCUGCUAGGAAAGUGAUUUUUAUAUUUGAGGGGGGACAGGUUGGUUGUUGGCGACACAAGGUGGUACGGUGAUAUGCGAAAUACGAAUGUUUUCUAUAUCAUGGCACGUUUUGUAAGUUCAUUUGGCUUAGUCCAUGUUUGUACGAUAAAACAGGAUGGAUUUUCUACUCCAUCUUUCGGGCUUAUCGUUGCAAGGUGUUUGAUUAGCGGCUUUACGCACAGCACUGAUCCGUGAUCACUGAUCAGCUGGACCACAACUCCACAACAUUACGCUUCUUGGAAUGUACGAUAUUGUGCAAAAGUUUGUAUGCAUUUCAUACUUGGGCUAUGGUACUUACGUACAUUUGAGGGAUUCCAGCAUAGAUUCGCGAGUUUGUUCUUUGCCGUUGUGCCGUAACAUUGAGCCGUUGUGAUACAGUUUCGGAUGCCAAUAACAAUUCGUGAAUGAUUUA